AUGAGUUCCCAACAGCAGGGCCAGGGGGAAGCGGAGAAGAACAUUGAGAUGUGGAAGGUGAAGAAGCUGAUCAAGCGCCUGGAAUCAGCCCGUGGAAAUGGAACCUCCAUGAUUUCCCUCAUCAUUCCGCCCAAGGACCAGAUUUCUCGCGCAGCGAAGAUGUUGGCUGAAGAAUACGGUACCGCCUCCAACAUUAAGUCUCGUGUCAACCGUCUCUCCGUUCUGUCGGCUAUUACCUCCACCCAGCAGCGUCUCAAGCUGUACAACAAGGUUCCCCCGAAUGGCUUGGUGGUCUACUGCGGUGAAAUCAUCACAUCGGAAGGAAAGGAGCGCAAGAUUAACAUUGACUUCGAGCCCUUCAAACCCAUCAACACCUCUCUGUAUCUGUGUGACAACAAGUUCCACACCGAGGCCCUGAGCGAGUUGCUGGAGUCGGACCAGAAGUUUGGUUUUAUUAUCAUGGAUGGUAACGGAGCUCUGUUUGGUACCCUGAGCGGAAACACCCGUGAGAUCCUUCAGCGUCUCUCCGUCGACUUGCCCAAGAAGCACGGUCGUGGUGGUCAAUCCGCGCUGCGUUUCGCGCGUCUGCGUGAGGAGAAGCGUCACAACUACGUCCGCAAGAUCGCCGAGUUGGCUGUCCAGAACUACAUCACCAACGACAAGGUCAACGUCGCAGGUCUCGUCCUGGCUGGUUCCGCCGACUUCAAGAACGACUUGAACCAGUCUGACAUGUUCGAUCAGCGUCUGCAGGCCAAGGUCAUCAAGGUUGUUGAUGUGUCUUACGGUGGUGAAAACGGCUUCAACCAAGCCAUCGAGCUGGCUGCCGAGACUCUCAGCAGCGUCAAAUUCAUCCAGGAGAAGAAGCUGAUUGGAACCUACUUCGAUGAGAUCUCCCAAGAUACUGGUAAAGUCUGCUAUGGUGUUGAAGAUACCCUCAAGGCUAUGGAGCUUGGUGCUGCCGAGACUCUGAUUGUGUACGAGAACCUGGAUGUCACCCGUUGGAUUCUGAAGAGCUCUACUGGUGAUGAAGUCAUCUUGCAUACCACGAAGGCCCAGGAGGCCAAUCGUGAGCUUUUCACGGACAAGGAGACCGGAACAGAGAUGGAGGUCAUCGACUCGAACUCCUUCCUGGAGUGGCUUGCUGAGUCCUACAAGGACUUCGGUGCCAAUCUGGAGUUCGUUUCGGACCGUUCCAGCGAGGGUAACCAGUUCGUGAAGGGCUUUGGUGGUAUCGGGUCUAUUCUCCGAUACAAGGUGAACUUUGAACAACUCGCCGAUUAUAGCGACGACGAUGAGUUCUACGACGAGAGCGAGGAUGAACGGCCAGAAGCUCCCUCAGCGAGUCUUCUGACGGCUCGCCCCGUGGGACAUGAAGGCGGCUCCAAAAAUGGAAUCCAGGCAUCCGUGAAUGACACCGUCAAAUGGGCUAUUCCGAGCUUUGUGAAGCUGCUCAGAGGUCAGUUCAACCCAAAUUCCCAGCCCGCGUUUCCGUUUCUCUCACUAACAUUCUUCAUGUAUAGGGUCAUCCAAGCUCCGUAA